AUGAGCCUCACAGCAGGCAUAAGCAAACCAAACAAACGCCCAAGAACACCACGCAGACCCCUCUCCCAACGCAACCCCGCCCUCGCCCUCAAAGUCUCCCAAAUGCGCCUCGCCAUCGCGCCCAUAGUGCACGUCCUCUCCGGCCAGCCCGCGCCCGACUUCCCCCCCUCAAUGCUGCACCUCUUCCUGCUCACAGAGCCACAACUCGACCGCCUCGCGCGCUUCUACUCGCAGGCCGAGCUCUCGGAGCUGACGCACCAGUACCCGCAGACCAUGGACUGGGACCGGCCCUUCCUGUCCACUGACCCCGCUCUGCCCGAGAACUGCAGACUCGCGGAUUUGGAGCGGUUGAAGAUCAAGAUGCGCAUGUUUGCCCGGUUUAUUGGCAUGAGGGGCGCGGAUACGCCGACGUGGGAGUAUGAGCGCCAGGUGGAGAUUUUGGGGAAUAUGAUUGGGAGGAGUGUAAGGGAUGAGGAGAGCGCGCUGAGGAAGUACUACUGGGGACCGGGGGCGCGGCCGUGA